AUGACGGACCUCUACGAGUCGCCGUUUGUUCGGGUGGAGGAGCCCGCGUCAGCAACUGCAGCGUCGCCCAAUGGCACAAGUGCGAGCUACGAAGACGAAGACGACGCAUACGAAGACGAAGAGCAGCGGACCGACCACAGCGGCGGCAGCAGCAGCAUAGGACUGCCGCCCAUCACGCCCGGGCGCGGCAAACCCAACGCCGACGAGGUCUUUCUCCGCAACAUGCUCGGCCUCUUGAACAAACGCGGCUACAACGUGCGCGAGUCAACGAACGAGACGUCGACCGCGUCGUCCUCGGCGAGCUUGACGUGCUCGAGCAGCUUUACCAGUACCGGCUCGUCGACCGUGUCGUCCGUGCUCCUGGCCCUACGGGAACCGAAUCACGGCCAAUCGCCGCUCCAUAUUGCCGUGCGCCGAUGCGACAUGCAGGUUCUGGAUGCGCUGCUGGAGCACGAGAGCCGGGACGAGCUGCUUGACGUGCCGGAUUCCAACGGGAACACGGCACUGCACUUUGCGACGGGCCACUGGCGACGGCCCACGAGUGUCAACGUGACGGAAAAGCUGCUGGCCGCUGGGGGCAAUGUCCAUGCCGAGAACAAACGGGGCCUCACGCCAUUGGGUGUGCACAUGCUCACGCUCAAGAUUGACAAUCCUACGCUGGUCGCGAAGCUGCUAGAAGCUGGCGCGGACCCGAACACGGAAGCAGAGGGCCUUGCAGUGCUACACCUGGCCGCUCGACGUGGCUUGCCGGUCGUUUCGGCCGUGUUGACGGCAUUUGGAGCUUCAAUGCUGUCGCUGAAUGCUGACGGACUCAUGUGUUACGAAGUCGCUUCGCCGCGUGUGAAGCAGUUUAUGGCGCGCAGCAUCAACAGAACGCCACCUGCUUAUGUAUCGAUGACACAGCGAUGUGCUUGCAUGCUGUGCAAGUCGACGACGCUCGUGAGUCAUAAGAAGGUGCUUGGGAACAUGGUGAAGCGGGUACUGGGCAUGCACAUGCGGACUCACCCAAGCAAUUGCUAUCACUGCGGUAUGCUCUUUUGCUCACAAUGCCUGAAGCCAUCGACAGCUGUCAGCGCCAUUCCAUUUGUCCGUGACGACGACGCAACAUGUGGAAAGAUCAAAACGUGUCGUUUGUGUGAGGCGGUGCUUCUGGACCGCAAGAAGAAGCAGGCGGCACAACACGUGUUCGACAUGCAUGUGAGGGGUAUCCACCCGACCAUGCAGAUGACCAGAUAG